GAUAAAAAAGCCAACACCUUUAUCGCUUAGAUUGAAUUGAAAGUUGAGACCUCUCAUUACCAACCCCAAUAAGAUCACAAAUCGCUUUUGGAUUCGUUCUAUGGCAAGUGAAGAAGAUGAAGAUGAAUCAUCAGCUCGUUACCAGAACGCAUUGGAUGCAUUGUCGUCUCUAAUCACAAAACGAAGCCUCUUUGUUAAUAAAAACCAAUCUCACCGGUUUCAUCUCCUCUUCCAUUAUCUCAAGGCUCUUGAGCUUGAAGAAGCAGUCUCACAGUUGAAAAUCAUUCAUGUGGCUGGAACUAAAGGAAAGGGAUCAACAUGCACAUUUUCAGAAUCUAUUCUUCGUGGUUACGGUCUUCGAACUGGUUUAUUCACAUCUCCUCACUUAAUCGAUGUACGAGAGAGGUUCCGUCUGAACGGCAUUGAGAUAAGCCAGGAGAAGUUUGUGGACUACUUCUGGUGUUGCUUCCAUAAACUCAAGGAGAAAAGCAGCAAUGAGAUCCCAAUGCCUACUUACUUCUGCUUCCUUGCUUUGUUAGCUUUCAAGAUUUUCUCAACAGAACAGGUGGAUGUUGUUAUACUAGAAGUUGGCUUAGGUGGGAGAUACGAUGCGACUAACGUGAUUCAGAAGCCUGUUGUCUGUGGUAUUACUUCUCUUGGUUAUGAUCAUAUGGAGAUUCUUGGACACACACUUGCUGAAAUCGCUGCAGAGAAAGCUGGUAUCUUCAAGAGUGGAGUUCCUGCUUUUACGGUGCCUCAACCUGAUGAAGCAAUGCGUGUACUUAAUGAGAAAGCUUCAAAAUUAGAGGUGAAGCUUCAAGUGGUGGAACCAUUGGACUCUAGUCAAAGACUAGGGCUACAAGGAGAACAUCAAUUUCUAAACGCUAGUCUUGCGGUUGCGUUGUGCUCUACAUUUCUUCAGAAGAUUGGUAUUGAGGACAAGAAUGAUGAUACAAACGGUUUACCUGAAAGAUUCAUCUCUGGAUUGUCAAAUGCUUAUUUGAUGGGACGAGCUAUGAUUGUGCCUGAUUCAGAACUACCUGAAGAGAUUGUGUUUUACCUUGAUGGAGCUCAUAGUCCUGAAAGCAUGGAAGCUUGCGCUACUUGGUUUUCACAACAGGUCAAAGAAAGAAACAAGAAAAGAUCAGAGCAGAUACUCUUGUUCAAUUGUAUGUCUGUUCGUGAUCCAUGUUUGCUUCUUCCAAGAUUAAGGACUAAAUGCACUGAUCAAGGAGUUGAAUUCAAGAAAGCAGUUUUCGUGCCAAACAUGUCUGUAUACAACCAAGUGGGAUCUCGGUCAAAGAUUGAGCAACGUGUUGAUGACUCCAUAACGUGGCAGUUCGGUCUUAAGAGGCUUUGGGAUAAUUUAGCACGUGGUGAAGCAAAAACUAAGUCAAGAAGUGAUUCCAAAGAAGAAGAGAGGAGUUUGGUAUUUUCUUCACUUCCUUUGGCCGUUGACUGGCUCAGGGACAGUGCUCGCCGGAGUCAACAAGUUCGUUUUCAGGUGUUGGUGACUGGUUCGUUACAUUUAGUGGGUGAUCUCUUGCGAUUAAUUAAGAAAUGAAUGCGUAAACCUUUUUAUUUAUUUUUUCAACUUCAUGAUCUGUACUCUUUAAGAACACCACUGAUUCUAAUCAGAACAGGUCCUGAAAUUUUGAAGGCCUUAAAUGA